UCAAGGGCUGCCUGCAGAUUUUUUGUGAUGGCUUAUUUGAGGUUUGCCUUGAACAGCUUCCAACCUAGUCUAGAAAGGAAGCCUCCGUUCACUUGUUUUCAAAAUGUUUUUCGCAUUAGAUUCCUUCCAGCAUUCUGGAUUUCUUCCAGUUGUUCUGUUUGGAGAUUUGUUACUGUUUGCUAGCCAAGUCAGUUUGCAAAAGGCCGAAGGGUGGGGACUUGGUGUAAAAGCUGCUGUAUUCCUCAGCUGCUGAAGUCGGAUCCUGGAUGGCUAAGUAAAAAAUGCAGGACUGAAGACAAAAUGAAACUUUCUUUUUGAGGUAUUUGCGGAUGAAGGUAUCCAGGCAGAAAUGAUCUAUCGGUUCGGAUUACGUGGCCAGAAUAGCAGUGGAAACUUUUCUGUAAUUUAACAGAAAGAGACUGUGGACCUUAUGAGAACACUUUAAGAACUACAUGAUUGGAUUAAGGGAGGCCUGAACUGUAAGAUUGAGGCAAUUAUCUUCAGGCUGGGAUGAACAUCUGCAGUAAGCCACCUAACAAGACAGCCCCAGAGAAGACUUCUGAAACAACUUUUGAAGUUCAGUCGCAGCAUGCCAGGAGAAAUGGCUGGAGUUGGCCCCCACACCCCUUCCAAUUCGUCGCCUGGUUACUUUUCUUCUUCUUUGCGCUGGUUGGUUUUGGCAUCCUUGUGCCUCUCCUGCCCAUUCGCUGGGUACCUGCUGGGUAUAUUUGUCCCGGCGUCUUCUUUCUCUGCCAUGUAAUAGUUCACCUUACCGCAGUUUCCAUUGAUCCAGCCGAUGACAGUGUGCGCAAGAAGAAUUACCAGGGGCCACUGUCUGCGUUCAAUCGCAGUCAGCACGCUCAUGUCAUUGAAAAUCGUCACUGUCACAUCUGCGACGUUGAUGUGAGCUCCAGAUCAAAACAUUGUGGGUCCUGUAACAAAUGCGUAUGUGGCUUUGAUCAUCACUGCAUGUGGCUCAACAACUGUGUGGGAGAGAGAAAUUAUUGGCUGUUUCUGAACAGUGUAAUAUCUGCCAUCCUGGGCCUUCUCCUAAUCCUACUUGUUGCUUUCUAUGUCUUUGUUCAAUUCUUCCUUGAUCCCAUGAAGUUACGCACCGGACAUCAUUUUGAAGGCUUGAAGAACCAAACAGAUGUCUGGUUUGUGUUCCUUCCUGUUGCUCCAGUUAAGACAAAAGCAUCUGCAAUCUUGUCUUUGGCUGGUCUGCUGAUAAUUCUGGGGUUACUGACUCUGUUCCUGUUGGGCCACCUAUUAGUCUUCCAUAUUUAUCUGAUGUGGCACCGAAUGACCACCUAUGAAUAUAUUGUCCAGCAGCGUCCCCCACAAGAGGUGAAGGAUCCUGAGAAGCAGCCAGAAUUCUACCCUCCCCCAACAAGGCCCAUUCAGGAUAUGCAAUUCUAUGCAGGGAGUCUUGGAUAUACCAAUCCUGAGAUGCAAGUGGAGAACUCAUCAGGAUUGCCACCUGGGAGAGACCUACCCAAGUUUUGUAUCCGCAAUGAUGGCAUAGACAACAAGACCGUACCAUCUUCUGAACUUCCAGAUUUGCAGUCUGGAGACCAGCGACAGCUUCAGAAGAAGAAGAAGAAGAAGAAGCGGAAGAAGUUGCAGAAGGUUUCCUCUUCUGGGCUGGAAGAAAACUCCAAGGUGAUCCUUGCCCCGUGGACCUCUUUCCCAGUUUUACAGUCAGAAUCGUCCAUCGCUACCGCCCCCUCUUUAACCUCCUCAUCUUCCAGCCUUCGCCUCCUUGCACCGCCUGGUCCUCCGAAAGCAGCUGUACCCAUCGACAGCAAAGGUCCAAUCCAAGCCGCUGGUCCUCCAGCUGAUUAUCACUCCGAGUCAGCAGAGUCCAUGGAGGAGAUCCCUGUGGCUCAGACCCGUCUGGGGAGCAGUGCCACGAGCGGAGCUUCCAAGAGCAGUUCUCGGCGCCUUCCUUUUCCCGCCGUCUCCACUAAGGGCACAGGGGAGAAGCACCGGCAUGCCGGAUAUGGCGCAAAAAGCAAGAACUCUCAGCCAGCCAGGGCCCAGCAAGUGGAAGAGCUGGAACUGUCUCCUAAGAUCCCGGCCAUCUUUGUAAGCAGAAGUAGCGGGGAACCUCCUGUCCCCAACCUCUGGUCUGGUGAGACCCCGUCUGAACCUUCUCACAGAAAAUGUUCCAGCAAAAGGCACAUCGAUGAUCCGAAGUACCACGUUUGGGAGUCAAGCACUAGUUCCACAGCGGCCUAGAUGCCUGGUAAACCGGAGAGCUAUAUCAGCCGAGAGAGAAAGAGAGAGAGAAGCAAUAGUGUGAGGCCUGCUCACUCUCCAAAUAUAUUGGUGUUCACGGAUUUAAUCUCGAGUGAUCUGUCUUGCUCUCUGGAGCAGGCUUAUUAUUAUUAAUGCCUUUUGUUCAGGGGAGGGGGAGGAGAAACGGGGCAGUUCCUUUCCCGCGGGUAGUUCGGGAAGAUAAAACGGUUUGCCUCUGGAGGGCAGCCGAAGGGUAGAGUUAGCCGUCUCCCUAACAGGGUUUGAAGAGUUCGGGACGAAGCUUUGCAGAUGCUUAGUUUGGUCCCCUGAGCUCUUUUAUAAGACCUCAGCCAAGCAAACCUGCUUCUCUGGAGUUCCUUGGGAGUGCCAAACCUAGCUCUCUUCUACCCCCUAAGCAGAGGAGGGAGUCAGAAAGAGCUUAUUUUCCUCUGGGAAACAUUUCCUCUUAUAUGUGCUUGUGUCUGAAAAGAAGACACAAAAAGGGGUUGUGUAGCCUUUGCCUUUUUCUCUGCUGCUUAUUCUUGCCUUGCAACGCAACCUCGAGUUUGGGGUUGUUUUUUUUUUAAAAAAGAAAAAGGCUGGCGCGGAACCCUUGCAUAAAUUUGGAGCGAUCCGAGCCAGUUUCUUCACUUGGGACAACUUCCCUUGAGAACCUCUUCCUUGGUAAUCCAAAAUCUUUAGGUGCCUGAUGGAUCUUGGGUAAGAAGAUGUACCGUAUGACCUCUCUUGGAGCCAGGCAUGCAAGAAGGCAGUUGUUUGUUUCAUGGCUCCUUGGACAUUCCGGGGUCCUUAUUUUUUACUUUUAGGGAGGGACCACCCUCGCUAUCCAAAAAGUUCCAGGUCCUUCCCUAACAUUUAUUUUAAAAGGAUUUCAUAGCAAUCGAUGGGGAAGAUCUUUGCCUGAGACUCUGAAGCUACUGCUGGUCAGAAAUCUAAGACUAGAUGGACGAAUGAUCUGGCCUAACUGAAGGUAGCUUCCAACAUUCAUUUAGCAAUAUUAUGGAGCGCUUUGAACAGCUCUGUUCUCAAUAAAUAUUUUUUCUAUGCUCUUUGCUAAAUACUUCUCCUUUUUUUUUUCCUGCCCUGCAUUUGCUGAUACAAGAAGCAGUUUUGGCAUCAUAAAAGAGGCUCGAGAUGGCCCCAUAUGUGAGCCUCUCAGCACAGUGUUCCAUGUGCGUAACCUCAUGACAUAAUUAUUUUGUGGGUUGAAGCUCAUGCUUGCCUCCUUCCUCAGAUAAAGGACACUUUUCAACUGCUCAAGUUCUACCUUGGUAACGAUUCCGAUGGACCUGUGUUUUUCAACCUUGGCAGCUUGAAGACGUGUGGACGUCAACUCCCAGGAUUCCCCCAGCCCAGGGGUCUGCAACCUUAAACACUCAAAGAGCCAUUUGGACUCAUUUCCCGCAGAAAAGAAAACACCGGGAGCCACAAAACCCCUCCCGUGCCUGACUAUUUCUUGAGCGGCCACAAAACUAGCAUAUGUAGUUGAAUUAAAUGUUCUGUUUUCUUCUGAAACUUUUAUUUUCUUGGAUUUAUCCAUGGUUGGCCUACCAGGGGUUGAAAAGCUAAAUAAAUCGUGUGCCAGCGGGUGUCGCUCAUUGGUGGUUGUGACACAUAUUUUGAGUGACAGGGAGCUGCAGCAGAGGGGUGAAAGAGCCACAUGUGGCUCCAGAGGUUGCUCCAGGUUGCUGAUCCCUGCCCCAGCCAGUCAAUGUUGUCUGGGGAAUUUUGGGAGUUGGAAGUCCCGACGUCUUCAAGCUGCCAAAGUUGAGAAACACAGUCACAGACCGUCGGUACAAAACCAGACGACGUUUUAAUGACUCCAAUAGUAUGUUUUGGAUGUGGGCAUCAGU